GUUAUUUUUAAGCCUUCGGUUUUUCCUACACCAUCCCCGAGAACGCACCUUUUCUCGUUCCGCCAUAGAAGCCGGCGUCGCGGCCUUGUCGCGUCACUUCCGCCAGCGAGCGGACUUCGCUUCCGGCGCGCGCUGCUUGGGAGGUUGCCAUAGAAACGGCUUCCCAUCCUUCCCCCCCCCUUCGCCUCUUCCUCCCUUCUUUCUCCUCCGGUGGGCUAAGGCUUCUGUCCCGGGAGGGACGCGACCGGACUCCUCUGAGGCCGAGGGAAGGGCGGCGCGGGGCGGGGUUAGGCCAUGUCCCUGUCUUGCUUCUUUAACCCUCAUCAUGGCUGCUUAUUACGGGCCAAUGGCCAUGGAGAAGUGUGGACAGAUUGGAACAGCACUUCCAAAUUCUUCCAGUAUGGCUGGCGAUGCACCACCAACGAGGACUCUUAUGCCAACAAAACCCUCUUGGGGAACUGGGUUGAAGACCGCUACGACAUUCGGAAAAUGCUGCAGCCCAAGCCUCUCCCUUCCCAGUAUGCACACUACUUUGAGUCCACCUACUCGUCGGACUACUCCAAGGAAACGCCUCACAGUACAAGAAGAGUUACGCGAGAACCUCAUUGGUUCCCUGGACACCAGCCAGAGCUGGAGCCUCCUCCAAUCAAGCCAACAGCUCGGUCAUGCUACAUGAUAGAUUACGAGCCUCCACAGAGCAGGGGAGCCCACUUGUUGGUUGACGGAAAGCCCAAGGAACCAGAAGGGCUUCAGCUGAAGCAAUAGGACUAGAGUGGGGCUCUCGUCAGCUUUGGGACAAGCCAGGUGGCUUGGAAGGCCCUGCUGAUGUGACCCAGUUGCCCCCUCCCUUCCCCAUCCACCUUCCUAAAAGCUAGGCUGCCGCAGCAGCUCACAGACCAGGUCUGAAAAUAAAAGAGUGCGCCAGAGUGAGAAGGAGA